GUCCUCAACUACGUCCGCAGACUGACUUUAAGUACCGGCGCUCAGGACCCGUCAGCUACCAGUUUUUCUUCGGAACGAACUAGAAGCUGAGAAAAUGAGCGGCCGCGGAAAAGGAGGAAAGGGACUCGGCAAAGGAGGCGCCAAGAGGCACCGCAAAGUGCUCCGUGAUAACAUCCAGGGCAUCACCAAGCCCGCCAUCCGCCGUCUGGCCCGCCGCGGCGGAGUCAAGCGGAUCUCCGGUCUGAUCUACGAGGAGACCCGCGGGGUGCUCAAGGUCUUCCUGGAGAACGUGAUCCGCGACGCCGUCACCUACACCGAGCACGCCAAGAGGAAGACCGUCACCGCCAUGGACGUGGUGUACGCUCUGAAGAGGCAGGGCCGCACCCUGUACGGCUUCGGAGAAGAACCAGCGCCGCCAGAACGGCUACAAUUGACUGCGAGCAGAGAAAUUGUGACCAUGCCUGAACCAGCGAAGCCAGCGCCCAAGAAGGGCUCCAAGAAAGCCGUGACCAAGACCGCCGGCAAGAAGGACAAGAAGAGGAGGAAGACCAGGAAGGAGAGCUACGCCAUCUACGUGUACAAGGUGAUGAAGCAGGUCCACCCCGACACCGGCAUCUCCUCCAAGGCCAUGGGCAUCAUGAACUCGUUCGUGAACGACAUCUUUGAACGCAUCGCCGGGGAGGCCUCCCGUCUGGCCCACUACAACAAGCGCUCCACCAUCACCUCCAGGGAGAUCCAGACCGCCGUCCGCCUGCUGCUGCCCGGAGAACUGGCCAAGCACGCCGUGUCCGAAGACUCGUCAACAAUGGCCAGGACCAAGCAGACCGCCCGUAAAUCCACCGGAGGAAAAGCUCCCAGGAAGCAGCUGGCCACCAAGGCCGCCCGUAAGAGCGCCCCGGCCACCGGCGGAGUGAAGAAGCCCCACCGCUACAGGCCCGGUACCGUGGCUCUCCGAGAGAUCCGCCGCUACCAGAAGUCCACCGAGCUGCUCAUCCGCAAGCUGCCCUUCCAGCGCCUGGUGAGGGAGAUCGCUCAGGACUUCAAGACCGACCUGCGCUUCCAGAGCUCCGCCGUCAUGGCUCUGCAGGAGGCCAGCGAGGCUUACCUGGUCGGUCUCUUCGAGGACACCAACCUGUGCGCCAUCCACGCCAAGAGGGUCACCAUCAUGCCCAAAGACAUACAGCUGGCCCGACGCAUCCGCGGAGAGAGGGCUUAAACUCACACACCCACACCUGGAAACAACACAACGGCUCUUUUAAGAGCCAC